GUGCAGCAAGUCACCAGAGUUGAAAACAUACAGGCGAGGAACAUUUUUAUCCAUCGACCAGAUCUGCCACCACUGUGAGUUCUUCAGACAAUGGAAGAGCCAGCCACUAAUUAAGAGCACACCAGUAGGCAACAUCCAACUGUCAGCAGCCGUAUAUUUCAGUGGAUCAUCAUUCUAUCAAGUGCAAAAGAUGUUUCAAGCCAUGCGCCUCCAAAACAUCAGUUACUCAGCAUUCCGGAGGCAUGCAAACCGUUUCCUUGAGCCGGCAGUGAUUCACUCAUGGCACCAGCUUCAAGACACUGAAGUGGAGUCUCUGAGGCACAAAAAAGUCAAGCUUGGCGGGGACAUGAGGGCAGAUUCACCUGGACACUGUGCCAAGUAUGGAACUUACAGUCUUAUGAAUCUGGAGACCAACAGCAUCAUUGACCUUCAACUAGUACAGAGCAAUGAAGUCGGUGGGAGCCACAAUAUGGAGAAAGAGGGACUCACAAGAGGACUGCAGCUGUUGGAGUCGAAGGGUGUGGCUGUGGACUACAUUGUCACAGACCGUCACCCCCAGAUCCAGAAGUUCCUCAGAGACCGCAAGAUAACGCAUUAUUAUGAUGUGUGGCAUUUGGAGAAAGGUCUGUCCAAGAAGGUGGCAAAAGCAGCUAAAGAGAAGGACUGUGAGGUGGUGAAGAAGUGGCAACGAGGGAUCAGCAACCACGUGUACUGGUGUGCAACAUCCUCCUCCUCUGGGGCCGAAAAACUUGCCAAGUGGAAAUCUGUGAUGAACCAUAUGCAAAACAAACACGAGCACGACAACCCGAUCUUCCCGAAAUGCCUCCACCCUGACCGCAAUAGCACAGACCGCAAGAAGUGGUUUAAACCAGGUACCAAAGCCAUACAGAGGAUGGAUUCUUGUUAA